GGCUGGCCCUGCGGCCAGACCAGGAGGCUGAGCUCCAGCCCGGGAGCCCGGUUCAGCGACACCCCGGCCGGCGCCGGCGCCCGCCCGGCCCCGAGGGAGGCGGGGAAGCAGGGAGGAGGCGGCGCCAUCAGCAGCCCGCGCCUCACCCGCACCCUCAGCACCCCGCCCGCAGUCCGCGCUGCACCGGCUGGCGUCUGCGGAGGCUCCCUCGGCCUGGCCCCGGCCGCCUGAGCCGCGCUGAGACCUGGACAGCGGCAGCGCGGGGAGGAGGUGGCAGCAGGUCGGGAGGCCGGAGCCGGGCCGGCGACCCGCCAUGGAGACCCGCUACAACCUGAAGAGUCCGGCUGUUAAACGUUUAAUGAAAGAAGCAGCAGAAUUGAAAGAUCCAACAGAUCAUUACCAUGCACAACCUUUGGAGGAUAACCUUUUUGAAUGGCACUUCACAGUUAGAGGGCCCCCAGAUUCUGAUUUUGAUGGAGGAGUUUAUCAUGGGCGGAUAGUACUGCCACCAGAGUAUCCCAUGAAACCACCAAGCAUUAUUCUCCUAACGGCUAAUGGACGAUUUGAAGUGGGCAAGAAAAUCUGUUUGAGUAUCUCAGGACAUCAUCCUGAAACUUGGCAGCCUUCAUGGAGUAUAAGGACAGCAUUAUUAGCCAUCAUUGGGUUUAUGCCAACAAAAGGAGAAGGAGCCAUAGGUUCUCUAGAUUAUACACCCGAGGAAAGAAGAGCGCUUGCCAAAAAAUCACAAGAUUUCUAUUGUGAAGGAUGUGGCUCUGCCAUGAAGGAUGUCCUGUUGCCUUUAAAAUCUGGAAGUGAUUCAAGCCAGGCUGACCAAGAAGCCAAGGAACUGGCUAGACAAAUCAGUUUUAAGGCAGAAGUCAAUUCGUCUGGAAAGACUAUCGCUGAGUCAAACUUAAACCACUCUUUUUCACUAAAUGAUUUACAAGAUGAUAUACCUACAGCAUUCCAGGGUGCUACAGCUAGUACAUCGUAUGGAGUCCAGAAUCCCUCGUCAGCAUCCUUUCAACAACCUACCCAACCUGUAGCUAAGAAUACCUCCAUGAGCCCUCGACAGCGCCGAGCCCAGCAGCAGAGUCAAAGAAGAUCAUCUACUUCACCAGAUGUAAUCCAGGGCCCGCAGCCAAGAGACAACCACACUGAUCAUGGCGGAUCAGCUGUACUGAUUGUCAUCCUGACUUUGGCAUUGGCAGCUCUUAUAUUCCGAAGAAUAUAUCUGGCCAAUGAGUACAUAUUUGACUUUGAGUUAUAAUAUUGUUUUGUGACUUAAGAGCUGUGACUCAACUGCUUUAUUAAACAUUCUGCAUUGGGUAUAAUCUAAGAAUUGUUUACAAAAAGAUUAUUUUGUAUUUACCCUUCAUUCCUUUUUUUGAUUCUUCAAAGUUCAGUAUAAAUAUAGCUAGACAUUCAGACUAUGUCCAGCAGCGUGUCCUGCUUACUUUAAGGAACCGGAAAUCAAAGUUCCUUGUCUCAUUAUUUGAUCUGCUUUACCGAGAAAUAAUUUAUUGUUAAUAAUUUAUUUCUCAUGCCUCAGCUCCUUUUUAUGUAAAUUUGUGAACUUUUCUGUGUAGCCCUUGGAAAUUUUUAGAUAAAAGAUGAUGUUUUAAGUUCUAAUGAGUAUUACUAAUGACUCGAUACCAUUUAUUGAGUACUUUGUUUCUACUUACAUAGAAUGGUACAGGGAUAGAAGAGUUGAAAAGGGAAAGCAAAACUCUUCAAGUAGCUUUCAUGUCAUUCAUAGGAGAUAUGCUGGUAUUGCUCAUUCUGUGACUUAGUGUCCUAAACAUUCUUCAGUGAAAAUAACUAUAUUUCCGUUAAAUGUUUAUGAGGAAAUGAGAUCACAUAUUUGUUAUUGGAUGUUACUUGAAGAGGGGGUACUUUGUAACCACUUUGAUAUCUUGUUAUCCUCCUCUCCAAUAUGCACACAAAUUUAAAAAGAAAGACAACAAUCUGCCACAGAUCCUUAUUUUAAGGAAGAAAGGGUCCAUGCCGAGAAAUCACUUGGUUUUCCAGAAGUAGGAGAAUCUUCAGAUUUGAAUGUUUGCUCUGCUUUGAAUUGUAUAUCUUUGAGAUGUAUUCUAUGCCUAGCUUUGUAAUCACUAUAAAUUUUAAUUCUAGGAAUAUGCAUAAUGUUGAAAUAUUUCAUGUACCAUUUUAAUAGAAAAGCUCAGGGCCCAAGCAACAGUGAUAGAAGUUAGAAAAACCUUUACUUAGAAUUGUCUACCUAAUUAAAGCCCAAGAAAGAAUUUUCAGAGGAAAAAUCAAUAUAUAACUUAGUGCUAGCUAGUUCCACAGACUCUAAUAGAUAAUUUUGUCAUCAUAAUGCUUGUGAGACCAUAUAAUCACAGGAAAACAUUGCUUUCAGCAUGUUCAGGUAGCAGUAUUGAGGGUACUCUUGAUGGUAUUGUUAAUGAAGAUUCAAUUUUUAAAUACAGGCAGUCCCUAGCUUUCAAAUAGGUUAUGCUCUAAAAGUGCAUUUAUAAGUUAAUUUUUUUUUUACAAGUUGAACAAUGUUGUAAAUGGUAUUUAGGGUAUAGACCAGUCCAUAAAAGUUAGCCCAUGUGUAUCUUUAAUAGUUUGGGGGAGGGUAUUCAUAAAGUCCUUUAUGUGGUUUUAACUAACUGAAAUUAUGGGGCAAGAUAGAAAGAAUUUGUAAAAUCAUUUUAAAGGCAAAUUUAAUUUUUACUCUUGUUUAUGAGACUUUGGUUCUAUUAGCUAGCAAACACAAUUUGUUUUCAUAACCAGUUUUCCUUUAUGUCUACACCUAAGAUAGGAAUAUAUUGUAUAUUAUUAUAUAAUACAGAAUUGUCUUAAACUUUAAUAAAUUAGCAUUUUAAAGGUUUACAGAUUGUUUGUUAUAUCUUUAGUUGAAGUUGGUAAAGUCUAAAAAAGCCCAAGGACUUUAUGAAGACCUCAUAUGUCAGGAAAAUUAUAGGUUACCAUUUUAUAACUUUAUAAGUUAUAAGUGCAUAAGAAAAUGCAUUCUGAAGUCUUGAUUUGGAAUAUAAGAAAUUAGAAGUGUUGGUUUGUUGGUCAGUGGUCUUCAAGCAAGAGGUCACCAACCCAAGUGGGAAGACCAGAUAGUGUUAUCACCUGAGCAGAAAGAAAUCCGCACACCCUCAACCUAUGCUGAGAUUAAUCGUGUGCUAGAAGCAAUCUUCCCUCCAUUUCCUCUCAGUCAUACUUGAGCCAGCCUCUGGAUCUGUGUGAUCUUGCUGCAUGUUUCCAUGGGGUACACUUACACUUUAAAGUUAAGCAAAGAAGAUUUUGCACCGUGCAGAUACUUCUCUGUCUGCUUGACUUCUCUUCCCUUACUGACAACUAACUGGCCACCGGCUUGUUUGUGUUGGGAUUGUUUUGGCUCCUGACAAACCAUCUGAAAGUGGCACAAUUUCCUUCUUCCCUUUCACCUCACACCUGCUCCCUAAAAAUCCUUAAGUUGUUAAUGUGAACCACAAUGUGGGGUUAAAUGAGCAAAAUUGAUCUUUGAGGCCUUUCUUACUCAACAAGCCACUGAGCGGCUUCUUCAGAAAACUAUUAUUUUAAAUCCCUACGUUUUCCCUUAAUUCCAGCAUAAGGCCAAAACUGUAUGUGUAUUCUGGUAGGUAAAGGCUUAGGACUCUGUCUUCCCCUAGUCCUCAGAUCUAGGUAACUCAUGGCUUUUUCUUUGAACAACACAGCACACGACCACAUAUCAAGGUCGUUAAAAUAGCAUGCUUAAAAAAAUAGUUUGUUUCACCUGUAACUGUUUAGGCCAAUGAAUCUUUCAAAUUUUAUGUAAUGUGGGGCUUUUAUGUAGCACUUUAUGUUUUCAUGCUGCUUAUUGUUUUAUUCUACUGAAAUAAAUGAAUUUCAUCAA